UAUCUUCCUUGAGUGAACUCUUCAUGGUCGUCUGCUUUUGUCAACAGUUCGAUGGCGACAAAGGAUACUGGUGACAGCUUUCCUCCUCAUAUGAGUGGCAUUGAAAGUGAUAACAAUGAAAAAGACGAAGAAUCCAAAGACACUCAUGCGGCGUCGACAAAAAGGAGACGUACAGUUGAUAAUGAAGGUUUUGUAAGACCAACAACACCAGAUAUUCCGAAAACAUCUCCUUACUAUCAAUACAACCCCAUCAACAGCGCCUAUGCGAUGUCAAGUGUUGAACCAGAUGAAUCCUUUGGCCAAAAUUUCACAUCGUCUUUUCAUUUUGACGAAAAUGCACCGAGUAGAAGUGACUUCCAAGAUUUAGACGAGAUCCAAUCAUAUGAAGUCGCACAGCUAGAGACUUUAAAGGACCAAUCGUAUGAAGUGUCGCAAACUGACGAUGACCAAUCAUAUGCAGAGUCUCAGUUUUCUCAGUCUUUUAAUAACCAAUCAAAUGAAGACUCUCAACAGUCUCUUUCAACAGAUACAUUAUCCACAGAAACAUCUACAACAACAGAAGAUGCCGAAACCAACGAGGAUUCUCAGAGUUCAUCUCAAAAUAUUUAUGAAGACAUGAAUAUCGGUGAAAUUAUGACAGAUAUGAAGGAAAAGACUGCAAAAGUGUAUAUGCACUGGAUGGAACUGUUUCGUGAUGGCGAAAAAUUUGAAGAGGAAGUCCCAUCUCUGAUUGACGAUUUACUAAAUCAAGCUAAACAGAUGGAACAACACCUUAUUGAACAGAAAGAAUCUCUUCGACAGAGAAUUUAUGGCAUUACACGAACUCUAAGAAUUGACAAUCUUUGAUGCCUUUGACAUCCAAUUAUUAAAGGCAAAAUCUGUGUACCGUACAGAUGUUAAAUUUAUUGUAUAGAAUUGUUAAAUGAUUCCAGAUGGGAGUUUGGACACAGUUAUUUCUGUUACCGUGAAUAUUGAAGGUUUCUUACUUUAUGCUUCCAACAAGAUGCAUUAAUGUAUAAAUAUUUGUUUUACAUAAAUAUCGUAGAACUACUUAAUGUACAAUUAUCACAUGUAUUCAAAUAAUAACAUUUGAUAAUACAGUGUUAUAAGUGUU